UCUUUAGCAGCGCCACGGAUUACAGUGCGCAGUGUGUCACAGACUGCGUCGCGGUUCUAGCUGCUCGGCUUAUCGCUGCUUAUCGCCCGCAUUAAAAACAAAAAAAAAACAAAAAUAUAAACAUACGACAGAAGUAAUGGGGGAAUGACAACACACUCUGUCCCCGUCUUCGGUUCUCCGUCCCCGAGAAGACCCCAAGGAUGCUGCUGCUCUCCAGCCCGCGGAGCGGACGCCUGCACCGGGCCUCGCUGCUGCUGCUCGCCGCCGUCCUCCUCUGUGUCGUCCCUGUCGGAGCUAGCCCACCAGCUGGCAGUAGGUGCCCUCACCAUAUAGACUGUGCCAAAGAGGGACGCCAAUUCUGCAGGCAUGGCUCCUCCCAUUGUGGCCCCUGCCUCCCUGCAUUGGAGGAGAACGAGGAAGGACGCUGCGUGGCGAGGAAGAAGCACUACAAGCAUCAUGUUCAACCGGUAUACUACCCUGACGUGGAGGAAGAGAUCGAUUUCCUUCAUUCUGUCAUCGAAAAACAGGAAGUGACAGAGAUCAAAUCACCAAAAAAGCAGACCAAACAUCAUGCUGCUGUCGCCUCUCAGACAGAUGCUAAGAAAAGCAAGACAGAUGCCUCCAAACACAAACAAAAAAGCCAGGAUCCUGUCGUAGCUGUGACCUCGAAUGCCACCACUGCAGCCCCCCACACUGCAGCUCCUGCCCUCCCUGAGACACCCACGUCCCAGCCCAGGGCCACUGGCUUUGAGCGUCGAGUCGGUCCUAUAGCUGUGCCAGCGUCCAAAAACGACAAGAUUAUUGUCGUUAUGAUCUCACUGUGUGUGGUGGCGGGCACCGUGGCAGUGAUCCUGGCAACCGUCUGUUACGUCAAGAUACAGAAAGAGUCACGCCUGGCUCAGAAGGUGGACUACCCUGCUUUCAAAGGGGCAGGCGUGCCCCCUGUCGCCGCCAACGGUACCUCGAUGGGAGAUAAGACUCUGGCCCAAAGUGCUCAGAUGUAUCACUACCAACAUCAAAAACAACAGAUGCUCUCAAUGGGAAAUAACAAGCCUGAACAGAAAGUCCUUGACACCGAGGUCACAUCAGAUGAGGAGGAAGUGGGAGGUGACUUCACAGUAUAUGAGUGCCCCGGACUUGCACCGACUGGAGAGAUGGAAGUGAAGAACCCUCUGUUUGAUGACUCGACUUUACAUUAUCAGGGGAAUCACAAGUGAAUGCUGCACACUUUACACACACACACACACACACACAUACACAUACACACACACACACACACACACACACAUACAUGUAUAGACACAGGCCUACAAGCCACUUCUCUGGAAGAAACAUUUGAUCUCACACUGCAUGCAUAGAAAUGGAGGAUCCUGGCAGAGGAGGUGAUAAAAAUGAUUGUUUUUGUUGGCCCUUUACUAUACCUGCUUUUUAAUACGACAAAUGUACGUUGGGUUCCUUGUUAAUUUAUUUCUGUCACUGAUUUUGAGCAUUCCUGUCUUUUAUCAUAAGGUUUUCAGAGUCCGCCCAGAUAUGUCCCUAUAGGUGUUUUGUCUUGUUAAAAUGUUAAACUCUAAGUUAAGAUUUUCUCCUCCACUUGUGUUACUUCCUUCAUUUCUGCAGCUAUUUCCAAAGAAUGUGAUACAAUAGCAGACACUCGUACAACAAACACUCAUACACUCAUAUACAUAAGCUGAGAAACAGGUGCCCUCCCUUGUUUUGUCAUGCAUAGUUUGUGGCUAAACCACAUUCCUAACGGACACCCAGGAAAAGUUUGGAAUCAGAUCUCUGUGAUACCUCUGUAAAAACUCCCCAACACAACACAAGGUUUAGCAUUGAAUAUGUUACCGUUGGUGUUGCUAAUUUUAUUCCUUGUCAUAUAAGCUGCACAUAAAAGAUUUUAAGAUUAUAGAAUAUAAAUAUAUAUAUAUAAAUAUAUAUAUAUGAAAAUGAAGUACUUGAUGAUGUCUGUUUGCAUGGUUUGACUGUACUGUGUUUGAAUCAUGGCAAUGCUUUGAUGAAUUAUUCCGCCUCCUGUAUGUAUGCAUCCUGUCGCUGGAGGAGGAAUGUACAGUAAAAGUGACUUAUGAACACUUUCAAUGAAAUUUUGGUGACAGACUAUACUGAUGGAUGUGUUGGUGGUAAAUAUCACUCUCUUGUAUCGUCCCUCUUUCCUCUCUGUCCUCUUGUCGGUCCCAAGUUAACUUCGUGCUGCAAAAUGUACAUACAAAGAGUGAAUGUGUUCACUUUUUAUAGAUAUUUGUACAUGCAGACCAAGGAUUGGAAUUAAAAGUUUUUACCACGUGUGAAAA